AUGUAUCGUCUGGAACGUGAUCAUUUGCAGUUAUUGUGUAAUAAAAUUAAUUGCGAUCAUCAAUGUUAUUUGUUUCAUGAGCCUUUACGGUGCUCAACGUCCUCAUCAAAUUCACUAAUAAAGGAUCAGCUUCAACUGACUGGAGAGAAUAACGACAUCUGCAGCGUUUCUGAAUCGGAAACGAACAGUUGUGAGAUCAAUGACAAUAAAAAAUUAACUGUUGAAAGUGGCAGAAAGUCUGGUUGUUCACCCGAAAGCACAGUAACUUUAGACGACAUUAUAGAAAUUGUGAAGCAGAAGUUUAGCACUGAAAAUGAUGACGGACCAAAAGAAAUUAAGGAUGUUGUAUUUUGGACAGUGGAUGAAAAGACGGCAAAUGAUACUGACGAAAUGAAGGACGUUAAAAAUCCAGAAGAAAUUCCAAUGAGCAAUUUUGAGAAUGAAUUGUUAGAUUCAGAUGACGAUAGUUUUGUUGUUGGUGAACCGCCUAGCAUUAUCACGGAGGAAGACGAUAUUGAUUUGUUGAUUAGCGCAGCCAAAUCUUCGGGCAAUGUCCCUUACAACGUGGGUAUGCGUCAGUCAGAUAGGUUAGAUGCGACGAGUCUGGAGAUGGAUCAUAAUCGUUGUGAGAAACAGAUGAAUUUUCAAGAUGUUGGUCAUCGUAAUAACUUGAAGACAUAG